AUGGAGGAGAUACUUUCAGGCAGAAAAGAGGGAGGAGAGAAGAUGGAGGAGAUAAUUUCAGGCAGAAAAGAGGGAGGAGAGAAUUUCAGCUAUAUGGCUGCCCGUACUGAUUUUUCGCCUCUGUUCACUACCAUUGAAAGCGAUUAUAAUAGUGAUGAUAAUGUGACUGCCGCUGGGAAAGAUGGUAUAGAUGAUUUGAGGAAAUCCUCGAAUGGUAAACCUCCAAGGAAUCUAUCUGUUGUACAGCAUUCUAUAAGCACUACAACACUAGUCUCGCCCUCUGAUUUGGAUUCUGAUCUUGGGGUGUUUGAAAUCAAGUCACCUUCAGAUGUAAAGUCAAGCUUCAUACCAGUUUUUCGAUCUGGAAGUUGUGCUGAGAAAGGACCAAAGCCAUACAUGGAGGAUGACCACAUAUGCAUAGAUAAUUUGCCUCAACAUUUAGGCGAGAUUGCAGGUUUUCCUUCGCUCGGAGCUUUCUAUGGGGUGUUUGAUGGUCAUGGAGGUACGGAUGCAGCAUCAUUCAUUAGGAAUAACAUUCUCAAGUUUAUAGUUGAAGAUUCGUGUUUCCCUGCUUGUAUAGAAAAAGCAAUUAAGAAUGCGUUUCUGAAAGCUGAUUAUGCUUUUGCUGAUGAUAGUUCCCUCGACAUAUCCUCUGGAACCACGGCCCUGACUGCAAUCAUAUCUGGAAGAACAAUUGUAGUCGCCAAUGCAGGCGACUGUCGAGCUGUGCUAGGGAAACGGGGUAGAGCAAUCGAGCUAUCUAAAGAUCACAAACCUAAUUGCACGUCUGAAAAACUUCGGAUAGAAAGACUUGGUGGAGCCAUAUAUGAUGGUUACCUUAACGGCCAACUGUCUGUAGCACGUGCUCUUGGAGACUGGCACAUGAAGGGCCCAAAAGGUUCUGCUUGUCCUUUAAGUUCAGAGCCCGAGUUGCAAGAAACACUUUUGACCGAAGAUGAUGAGUUCUUGAUUAUGGGCUGUGACGGGCUUUGGGAUGUUAUGAGCAGUCAGUUUGCAGUCACAAUGGCUAGGAAAGAAUUGAUGCUGCACAAUGAUCCAGAAAGAUGCUCGAGAGAGCUGGUUCGGGAAGCGCUGAAGCGCAAUACAUGCGACAAUUUAACUGUUAUUAUAAUUUGCUUCUCACCAGAUCCUCCACCUCGUAUAGAAAUACCAGAGAGUCGGGUAAGGAGGAGUUUAUCAGCUGAAGGGUUGAAUCUUCUUAAAGGUGCAAUGGAAAGUAACUCGUGA